AUGAGAGCAGAUCAGAAGCCUAAAGCCCCAGGCACCCCCCCCCCCACCAAAACGAGCCGUCCGCUCGCACACGGGGGACCACCGGAUGCAGCACCCACAGCCCUGCUCACCGCGGCGGGGGAGAAAAACCCCACACAGGAAGGGGGUCCCGCGCUCGGCUCUCCGCCCCCGGGUGGGGGGCCGGGACCUUGCGCCCGGCCAGUUGGUACCUGCCCUCCGCCCCCAACAGGCGAGAAGCAGCCGCGUCCACAUGGCUUCAGGUGUUCACAUGGCAAGAAGCGGGCCCUUUGCCCUCCCCGCGGCGGGGGCGCGCGACGGCUCCCCAGCUCCGCUCCCGCCCGCGGUAGCCCGUCCGGCCCCUCCCCAAGCCCGGCCCUCCGCCCGCCCGCCCGCCUCGCCCCCAGCAAAGUGGCGAGAGCUGCGGGAUAUACCCGGGGCUGCCAGGGGGGCACCCCCCACCCCGGGGCGGGCGGCGCUGACCCCGCCGACCCCCCGGACGCCGCCCGCUCACACCCGCCGCCGGUGCACCCGAGGCUGCGACGAGCAGCCCCUUUGGGUCUCAGACUGGGGGACCAGAACAUGAAAGGGAUGGCGACAAGCCCUGCAAAGCCUCAUUCAGAAGGGAAGGAAUGCAGACAGGUCAGUGAUUCCGCUACCAUCUGUCAGCACGGAUUGAUUGAGGAGACUGGCCCUGCCCGGCAUAUCAGUGACUUGUGCGAAGUGAGCUGGGUGCGGCGCCUUCAGCGGCAGGCGGAUGUCCUUCCUCUGGCUCCCUGGCGCUCUCUCGAGCACACGUACCGCCCGCCCGCACCUUUAUCCUUCAGUGGGCCCCAGCUCUCCUUCCUCUUGGGAGGGGCCUCCUGCUAACUGGAGCACACGAAGAGGGAGGCCUCCAGGAGACGAAUUACCAAAAAAAGCCUCCGCUUACCGGAAGUAGGGGACCCCCCUCCCUCCGCCCCCAUCCUGCAGAGCCUGUCCCCAGUCAGGCACUUUCCCCACGCAGAGCACAAACAGCAGGGGUGGCCAGAACCUCUGUGGGCACGCCUUCCUUCCACACAGACCACCUGCGGUGUGCGAGGCUGCGGGCCCUGAUGGAGGGAACACAGGACCUCAGAACAGGUCUUUCCCAGGCAAGGGCAGGGCAGGCAGGAAGGCGCAGGGGGUGGGGAUGGCUCCAGAGAGAUAGAGUGUCGGGGAAUCCCAAGACGGAGCCAAGUGCGGACAGCCACGCCGUUCCCAGGAGUGCACACAGCCAUGGGAACCGGAGAUGGGGGUGCAGAGGUGGGUAGGGGUGGGAUCCUACAAGGCCUUGUAUCUGGGACACUUGGUUUCAUGGGGUCUCCCAGUGGCCUCUGACCCAGAGAUCUGCCCCUCAACCCUGCCCUCCCCCUCAUUCUUCCAGGGCCCAAGCAGUGGCUGCCUCCUCCUCAGCCCUCACUGGUCUCACUGGGCUGUCUGUGCUCGCAUCCUUUCUGUCCCACAGGACCGUGAGCACUGGCAGGGCAGACCCCUCUGCUUCCCUCCGGUCUCCAGCAUUCAAAGGCAGGGCCAGGCACCAUCACCAUAACAACGAUCCCAUUAGAAAUGGAUCCCCAGCCCAGAAGAAUCCAAGCUCACUGGGAAUAGGCACUGUGGGUUUGCAGCGACGCGAUGAGGUGGGAAGAAGAGCCCAGUGGUCUACCUGCCUCCAGGAAGUCGGGUCCCUUACCUGGCCGACCCGUCUCUCCUCCCCACUCCCAACCUUAUGAGGCAGGGAUUGCCAUCUUCACGGUGCAGAGCAGGAAAUGGGAUACACAGAGAGGUUAAGAAACUUGCCUGAGGUCACACAGCUGGCAAGCCACAGAGCUAGUCUGAACUCAGCCUUCUGGCCCCAGAGCCGCAGCUGAGUCACUUGCAGCCCGGCAAAGUGUUAAACUGAAGAUGAAAUGAUCUAACAAUAGUAGUGACAAAGGCAUGUUCUAAGCGCUUCACCUGCGUUAACUUGCUUAAUCCUCACCAAAGCUCCAAGAGGUGGAUACUAUUAUUACCUCAUUCCGCAGAUAAGGAAACUGAGUCACAAGGCAGAGACGAAAUCUGAACCCAGGCGGGUCGGACUGUGGAGCCCCUGCAUGGCUUUAUCACAGGCGAACAAUAGGGAGGUUCCUUUCCAUCGGGAUUAUUUCUGCUUGAAAGCUCAAGACUUUUAGCCCCGUCCCUGUUGGGCUCCACAGGAAGGCAGUGCUGCAUGCUGAGGCAUGCUGGGAAAAGACUUUGUUCCGUCCUGUUCUGUUGACACGCUCUUCACUUUAAGCCUGAAACCCCAGCUUCCUGCAAAGAAUUCAAACCGUGGAGAAAAUACGCAGCCAUGAUAACAGCCACGACUUCCCGCGCCUCCAGUGUUCCCCAUGCUUGGGGCUCCAUGUGUGUGUGUCCUCAUCCUUGACCCUUCACGACACCCAAGUAGCCCCCCGCUUCACAGCUGAAGACACUGAAGCCCAGAAUUGCUCAUAAGAUGCCCCCCCGCAAAGGCACACGGCUGCCAAGUUGCGGCUCCGGGUCAUUCUCCAGAAUCCCGGUUCUUCGGGACGCAUCGGCCGCACCCCCACCAUGAGGGGUGCGGAGGUGGCCCCAGUGUGCUGGGCUUUGACGGAGAUGCUGCUGUUGCUCCUCUACCACACGGUGUCACAACUCCCGGGCCACGGGGAAGGUACUAGGACACAGGUGUGGGAAGUGUGGAUGUCAGCGUCCACUCCACUCCACCUCCCUCCCUCCAGGGACUCAGGCGAGGCUGCCCUGCCACCGAGGUGAGAGCCUUCUGGAAGCAGUCCUGCCCUGUGAGGUUCCACAUCACUGUCUGCGUCUCCCCAGGAGCUCACAGGAUAACUCCAAGGCACAUGUGUGAUGCCGGGGAAAUAGAAAGCAGCCAAGUCAGUGGAUUCUCCAACUCCCAGCUGGUCUUCUGGAUGGCAGCCUCUCUUCCCGGCCCACCCCUCCCUGCCGCAAACUCGUUACAGUUUCCAGAAGCCAGCUUUGACCCUACUGCCCCAACUCCCUCUGGCUCAAAAGUUGUCGGUGGGUCCCAAGGAGUUUCAGAAUUCAAGUAAAUUCUCAAAGCCCUCAUCUGGCCCCCACCACCUCUCCAGCCUUCUCUCACGUGUCCCAUCCUGCUUCUUUGCCAAACCAAAUGAGUCGUGUCCCCACCGUGUGUCUGUCUGCUACCCAAAGCAGGAAGCCUUUCCCUCUUUCCUAGACUGAAAUCAUACCCUCUUUCAAGUCUCUUUCAAGUCUUACGCAAAUGCUACCACC